AAACAGUUCGCCACGUUGCCAAAGAUGCAACCCGUAAAACGUGCCAAACGCGACGCUACCGCAUCGACCGAACUGCAUCGUCGCAAGCUGCGUGAGUGCUUGGCUGAUGGAAGUUUCCUCCAUCCCACAAAGGAGGGCACCUUCAAUUUUUGCGACUUAGCUGAAGCGUUGGCCAUGUGUUGCGGCUUGGCGCUACUACAACCCACCAGGAAAGAACACGCAGAGAAAUUGGCCAAAGAGAUUGGAAUUUCUCGUCGGCACAUUGUUUUUAUUCUGUGUGAUGGUAUGGGAGUGGAGUUGCUACAACAGCACCUGGCUCCUGAGCGUUUCCUUCGCGCUGGUGAGAGGUCGACUCAGCUGCGGGCGGUGUUUCCUGCCACUACCCCAGCAGCCUUGACCACACUGGCCACCGGCGUGUUCCCCGGGCAGCAUGGACUGCCGGGCUGGGAGCUGCGAGAUCAGAAGGCCUGCGAGUUUCCAAAGGAAGGGAUUCACAACCACAUCCAGCUCACUAUUUUGGACUCCGUGGUGCGUGACAUGCGUUCUGGCAAACCUGCGUGCGAUUUAGGAUUUAGCAAGCAAGAGAUCUACCUCCAGGAGCCCUGGGUGGCUAGGGGCCAGUCCAAUCGGAAGAUGAAAUUUGUCAAUGCGUACAAUGGCACUGACUUCACCGAAUGGUACCAAGACAAGUACAGGGAAGACAUCAUGACAAUUCAGGAGACUGCAUAUGAAACUCUCGGAAAGCCCGAAGGGUCGCAGCAGGCAAUUCAAUACUUCAACAAUGGAAUUGAUUGCAUCCUUCGGAGUAUUGAUGAGGCCGAAAAAAAUGAUUGGAAGUCCUUCAUAUACAUGUACACCUCACAUCCUGACAAGCAUAUGCAUGAACUGGGCAUUAGCCACCAUGAAGUGACCAACGUGCUUUGCGGCAUCAGCGAUGGCCUCGAGCGUUUGUGGCAACGAUUAAAGAUGCUGGAUGUCGCAUUGCUGGUCACGGCCGACCAUGGUCAUGUCACAGUUGAACCGGACGAUAUGGUGGUUUUGCCACAAAGGCUACUGGAUUGCUUGGAGUACGCGAAUGUGGGAGUGCAUGGAAAAGGACGUCACGCCUUCUUCCAUUGCCGAAGUGGACGCCAGGAGGAGUUUCAGCAGGCCUGGGAUGUGGAGCCAUCCCUGAGCAGCUUCAUCCUCCUUCCCAUCGACGUGGCGGUGGAGGAGGGACUCUUUGGCCCCGAUGCGCCGUUGCCCCCGGCGCGGGCGCGGAUGGGCGAUUUCCUCGGCUUGAGCACCACGGCAAAAACCUUGGUAUCGCCAAAGGAAGCGUCGCGAUUCGGAAAAUCAGAGACUUCACCUGGUCUGAAGCAGGGGGCCCAUGGAUCCUUGACACCUGCAGAGAUGAGGAUUCCCUGGUGCUUGUGGGUGCCUGGAGCCUGAAAUUCGCCAGGAAAUGUGCAGAUCUGGUGCAAUUUGUUGGGUCCAACAUCCCAUUUUUGGCUUAAGAAAUUUGAGCCAGUUGAACGAUUCGUGCUUCAUUCUUGGAUGGAUGCUGCUUGAAAGAAA